AUGUCUAUCUCAAAGCCCAAUAAACAGGUGAGAACUUAUCAGCCAACGUACCAGUUGAAACCGCGGAAGCCUUUUUGCAUUGAGGUUGUAGAAAAGAUAUUGAAGCGUAUAGUUGACUCGGAGUUGGAUGAAAUCGAAUACAGUGAGAAGGCGGUGCCAGAUCUUUGCUCUAGUUUGGCUGAAAACAUUCGCGGUGCCGUGAAAGAAGAAAAUUACGAUAGAUACCGUAUAAUAGUCUUGGUUUCCAUCGGUCAACGAAGGCAGCAGAGCGUUCAUGUCUUCCACACUUUCCUCUGGGACCACGAACGAGACGGUUUCGCAUCAUACAACUACGAGAACUGUCAUCUGUAUGCUAAUGUUGUGGUCUAUGGGGUGUAUUUGGACUGA